GUCAACACUUGCAGUGUAGACGUUAAAAGAUGGCUGACAUAAAAGAAAUGGAAAACAAUCAGUUAUUGAUAAUUUAGCAGACAUGGUUUGCUAUCAACUUGUAUCAUGGUAUGUGUGUUCAUUUUCUCUGAAGAUGCGAGAAAAACGCUAGGAACGAGGACUGCGGUAUUGUGUUCGAUUUUAUCCUUGGCCGGUUUAGCUUUGAUAGGGAUAGGAAUUUACAUCCAAAUCCACAUUUCUAAUGAGCUUAUUCUCCUGAAAAGUUACAAUUCUGGACUCUUCCCACACUUUAUAGGGGGCGUUGGAACAAUUAUGUUUCUGUUAAAUGGUGCUGCAGUCAAAUGUGCAUACGCCUGUGGAGAUGCUGACACGUGCGAACAAUUUCGACUGUUCCUUGCUCCACUUGUGUUCUCAACAUUUUUGUUUAUUUGGGUAAUACUUGCUGCCGGUAUCUUCACAAUUUCACAUAAGAACGACGUGGAGGUUGCUUUAUAUGACGGUCUAUUGGACUCAAUGAAACGUUAUAAAAUCAACCUAGCCAUAAAAGCGACAAUUGACCGCAUGCAGAUGAGAUCACAGUGUUGCGGAAGUGGUUCCUACCAAGACUGGUUUAGAGUUGAUUGGAUAAAUACAGACUAUCUUAAUAUGUCCGAUCCAGUUACAGCUACAAAAAUGAAGGAUGGCUUAGAGGAGGUUCCUUUUAGUUGCUGUAGCGUCAAAGCCCGCGUUCCAUGCAUCACUCAGAAUAACAACGAAAAGAGAAACCAUGCAAACAAACUCUCGGAUACUGUUUACCAUAAGGGGUGCACCGGAAUUCUGCUCGAUAAAUUUGAAAAGAAAAUUCUUUCACCUGCAGGAACUCUUCUUUUCGCGCUGUGUGGCAGUCAGGCGCUGGUAGUGGUGUUUUUGAGGUAUCUCCAAACCUCUCUUCAAAACGCUCAAGAAGACGCGGAAGGGACCGGAAAAGGCUUUUUGUGCCCGAAAUUUUGUUGCGCUGUUGGCACAAUAUCUCACGGAGCCAGAGGUCAGAGUUAUGAAAAUGAGGAUACUGAAUUGAGUGAAGAAGAAGAAGAAGAAUUACCGACCAAUCGAAUGUUUGAACAAGAAAAGGAUGAUGACGCUGGCGACUCUUUACUGUCUCAAGGACUUGACUUGAUCUUAAAGACAAUGGAUAGGGGUACUGAAGGUGGUGAUAGUGGUGAUAGUGGUGGUAGUGGUGGUAGUGCUCAUCAAGAAUCUAUGAAAAAUGAUGCUAAUAGAAAUGAAUUGUCAGAAUCAAAGAAUAAGAACGAACAGGGAAAAGACAAUCCAGAGUCAAAGAAAAAAGACGAACAUGGAAGAGAUAAAUCAGAGUCAAAGAAAAAGGAUGAACAUGGAAGAGACAAAUCAGAAUCAAAGAAAAAGGAUAAAAAUGAAAAAGACAAAUCAGAGUCAAAGAAAAAGGAUAAACAUGAAAGAGACAAAUCAGAGUCAAAGAAAAAGGAUAAACAUGAAAGAGACAAAUCAGACUCAAAGAAAAAUGAUAAACAUGAAAGAGACAAAUCAGACUCAAAGAAAAAGGAUAAACAUGGAAGAGAUAAAUCAGACUCAAAGAAAAAGGAUAAACAUGGAAGAGAUAAAUCAGACUCAAAGAAAAAUGAUAAACAUGGAAGAGAUAAAUCAGGUUCUAAGAAAAAUGAUAAACGUGGAAGAGAAAAAUCAAGUUCUAAGAAAAAUGAUAAACAUGCAAGAGAUAAAUCAAGUUCUAAGAAAAAUGAUAAACGUGGAAGAGAAAAAUCAAGUUCUAACAAAAAUGAUAAACAUACAAGAGAUAAAUCAGGAUCAAAAUCGAAAGGAAAAUCAAGACCAGGAUCAAAAUCAAGAGGAGAAUCCAAAAAUGGGUCAAAAUCAAGAGGGAGCUCAAAGUCAGGGUCGAAAUCAAAAGGAAAAUUAAAAAAUAUGCCAAGGUCAAGAGGAAGCUCAAAGUCAGGGUCGAAAUCAAAAGGAAAAUCAAAAAAUAUGCCAAGGUCAAGAGGAAGCUCAAAGUCAGGGUCGAAAUCAAAAGGAAAAUCAAAAAAUAUGCCAAGGUCAAGAGGAAGCUCAAAGUCAGGGUCGAAAUCAAGAGGAAAAUCAAAAAGUGUGUCAUGGUCAAGAGGAAGCUCAAAGUCAGGGUCGAAAUCCAGAAGAAAAUCAAGAAUUGGCUCAAGAUCCAGGGGAAGCUCGAAACGGUCGAACUCAAGAGGAAAAUCAAAAAUUCGGUCAAGGUCAAGGGGAAGCUCAAGAUCAUGGUCGAAAUCCAGAGGAAAAUCAAGAGGUCGGUCAAGGUCAAUGGGGAGGUCAAGAUCAGGGUGGAAAUCACGAGGAAAAUCAAGAGGUCGGUCAUGGUCAAAAGGAAAGUCAAGAUUUGGAGGAUCAUUUUCAAAAGGGAGGUCAAAAUUUGGAGGAUCAUUUUCAAAAGGAAGGUCAAGAUUUGGAGGACGUUCCAGAAUGUCGUCGAAAGGGAUGUCUUCGGGAAGACACGGAAGACGGCACUGAAUAUUUCAAACAGUUUAAAUUUUCAAAAGAUUUUAUUAGUCUCAUGAAUACACGGUAUUUUUUAAAAGUAGUGAGCACUUUUAACACAAAUGAGGAAAUAAAUGUUAAACUUAUGGACUAACAACUGAG